GGCAUCACAUGAUAUUUAUUAAGAAAUAGCCGCUGUCAGAAUUACUGUGUCACACCAUAGAAACAAGAGCAGAGGCUGCUUUGGUUCAGUUUUCAUACAAUGACAUCUUUUUUUUUCCUGUCAAUAAAGUCAAACUGAGCCAACCAGCAUCCAUCCAGACUCAGACAGGAAGUGCUUUUGAAAACAUGUCUCAUUUGACAGGUUUUCAGUGAUUAAUUACUCUGUCGGACUCAGUGUGUGUUUGUGUGUCUAAAGAUCUAAGACAGAGAGAAACUGAGACAUAAACAGAAUGAUUAUUAUUAACACGCAGCAAUGAAAAUGUAACACGCUGCAUUAUAAUCACAGUUUAUAUUUAUUUUUCAUUGUCAACGCUAACGGCUGAAAGACACAGUCCCUUGUUUUUCGGUGUUAAAGUCAGAUUCACCAGUAAGCGGAAGCUCCCGCUUCAUGAUUUGGGUCAAAAAUGAGAGCCGCUGUGGCCCGGGCUCCUGAGUCCUGGCUCCGGUCCUUGUGCCUCAUGAAAAAGGGCCUUCACAGAGUGCCUUCUUUUAAAUGCAGGGGGUGGGUGGGCGGCGGAGGUGGGGCUUGAACAUACAUAAGAGGCUAAGACAGUCGACCAGUCCAAUUUGGCACGACAUCACCAGACAAUUUGCUGUUGCUUAAACUAUACGAGGACGCUGAUUGGAUCUUUUUCAUUCAUUUAGAGCCUCUUUAUCCGUGGCUUGUUAGGGAGUAAUCCUCUUGGGCUGCCUUCUUUGAACGAAUCGCCACGUUAGGGAUGAGCAAAGGCGGGUUACUCAGAACUGAGGCUUUGUCCUGGAUGUCGCAUGUAGACAACGUGACCGGGGGCCAGUCCCACGACUUGGUCCUGCAGCCUGUUUGGGACUACCUCCACCAGAACCACCACGACUUCCUGAGGAGCCCCCUCUUCCCCGUCGUCCUCUCCGUCACCACCUACUUCUUCCUGGUCGGUCUCUACACCGUGCUUGACCUGCUCGCGCCCACCUGGCCCUGCAUCAACCGCUACCGGCUGCACCCCGACAGAACCGUCACCUGGCCCAACAUCUGGACCACGCUGAGCGUCACCGUCUACAACCACCUGCUUUACAUCUUCCCCGCCGCCGUCGCCCAGUGGCUGUGGAGGCCGCCGACCCCUCUGCCCCGGGAGGCGCCCACUCUCUGGAGCUUCGUUCUGGGCAUCCUGGGCUGCAUGGUGGUCUUCGACUUCCAGUACUACCUGUGGCACCUGCUCCACCACCGGGUUCCCUGGCUGUACCGCACCUUCCACGCCGUGCACCACCAGUACAACCAGCCUUUCAGCCUGGUCACCCAGUACCUGUCCGGCUGGGAGCUGUUCAGCGUGGGGUUCUGGGCCACGGUGGACCCCAUCCUGCUGCAGUGCCACUGCCUCACGACGUGGGGCUUCAUGGUCUUCAACGUGUACGUGUCCACCGAGGACCACUGCGGCUACGACUUCCCCUGGGCCGUGCACAACCUGGUGCCCUUCGGCCUCUGGGGCGGCGCACCCAAGCACGACGCUCACCACCAGCGACCCGGCACUAACUUUGCCCCUUUCUUCUCCCACUGGGACUGGCUGGGGGGCACGCACACCGUGCCAAAUCCGUCCAGCCACGCUGUCGCCGGCGAGCCAGAGGAGAUGAAAGGGAGAAAAGACUAAAGAGCUCGAAUUCAUCCAUUAUUGACUCCGUCGCUUUUACUCAAAUUGCCUCUUUUGUACCAGCACUCUUGUUUCUCCUCUCUGCUCUUCUUCUCUCUUUUCCAUCUCCUUUCUCUGUGAUAUUGUGCCUUAGACUCACCCUGUUGUGGUAUCUCUAACAUUAAUAUCUUUGCAGUUUAGGAUCUAAUGAGUCUAACCAGUUCCUCACUGUCUGGUACGUUCAGUGAUAGCGUAGAUUCUCCUGUACUCUUAUAUUAUGCAUAUUUAUCUCUUAUUCAAAGAGAUUUUUUUUCCAUUUAAUGUAUUGCUGCAUUGCUGUUGGUCUCCGUGGCAUCCUCAGGUCAGGUGUAGCAUGUUUUGAGCCACCUUGGACAAAAAUAAAUUAAUAAAAUGUCUAAAAACCAAACCAA